UUUCAAGUUGAAGUCAGUCACCCUCAAGACCUCGUGCGUGGAGGUUGUGUGCGCCGCUCUCUCUCUCUCACCCUGUUAAUGACCGUUCUAGUGGGAGACGUACACACACACACACGUACACACGGUUACGUACAUAGGUUCCACACGUACAUACCCAAGAUUUUACUUACACUUGGAAAAUUGUGUAUGUGUGUGCGUGUGUGUGUACUUUUAAAUUGGUGUGUACGUAGAUUGGUGCUUAUGUGCGUUUGUGUACGUGAAGCCGUGUGCGUGUAGGUGUGUGUGUGUGCGUGUGUGCGUGUGAAAGAAAAGGGGCCCGUGGGAACUAGCACACACACACAUACGAACGAACAAACGGAAGAGGUAAACAACAAACAAGAAGAAGAAGAGGAGGAGGAGGAAGAAGACAAGGAGGAGGAGGAAGAAGAGGAAGAGGAGGAGGAGGAAGAAGAGGAAGAAGAGGAGGAGGAGGAAAAAGAGGAAGAGGAGGAGGAGGAAGAAGAACAAACAAUAACAAAAAUGAAAGUUAGAAGUCAUAGAGUGAGUGACCUCGUGUCGUGGGUCUGUGUACCAGUUACCCUUAUGCUGUACCUCCAUGUGUACUUAGAGACAACCACCACCACCACUACCACCACCACCAACAACAACCCAACCAAUCUACAACCCGUCCCUCCUCCUCUGAACGUGACCUCUCUGGCGCGACCUGACCUCCUCCUCGUGACCCCGAUCCUCCGCUGCGGGUCAACCACUCUCCUGCACCUUCUGAACCUCCUCGCCCCCCGGAAUGGUUUCAAAUUUGCCCCCCGCCCCCCCCGGCAGGCGGAGUAUGUCCACAUCCCAAACGAUAGAGUUCAGGAGGAGAUUGUGAGCAACUUGUCGUCUGUAGCAACCCCGGCGGCCCUUAUGGAACCCUUCGCUUACAUCAACUUUACCAGGUUCGGCCAAUCACCCCCGAUCCAUGUGGCGGUGAUUCGUGACCCCGUGGAGAGAGCUGUGAGUCGCUUCUACCAGGCCCGGGCUCCCUUCACCCUGGUGGAGAGACAGCAACUCUUCCCGGGGCUCAAACUACCAUCCAGGGGCUUUCUCAAGAAGGACCUCGAGACUUGCCUGCGCAGCCCCCGGGACCCUGAGUGCAAGUACCCAGUGGGCAAGCCGGCCCUGGGGCACACCGUGGAGUUCUUCUGCGGGCACAACGACUAUUGCCCCAUCUUCGGCGACAGGGCGGGGCUCGCGGCGGCCAUGGGCGGCGUGGAGAGCGGGUGGGCGGUGGUGGGCGUGCUGGAAGAGUGGAACAAGACCUUGGCUGUCAUGGAGGGCUAUGUGCCAAGGUUCUUCAGCGGGGCGACCCAGCUGUACUAUGAGCACAUCCACCCGAGCAAGACCAGGCGGAACGAGAACUUCUAUAGGCCUAGCGUGGAGGCUGAGGCGGUCAAGUUCUUACGGAAGGGGUUCGAACUGGAGUAUGAAUUCUAUGAGUUUGUUAAGCAGCGUCUUGACCACCAGUACCGGGCCUUAGAGGGGAGGAGGAGGAGGUGAAGGAGGAGGAGGAGGAGGAGGAGGAGGAGGAUGGAAGGCACUAUGUGAAGGAGAGAAGGGAAGAAGGAGGAGGAAGAAGAGGAAGGUCAUGGAAACGAGGAGGAGGAGGAGGAGGAGGAGAGAAAGAGGAUGAAAGGAAGAUAGAGAAAGAGAAGGAAGGAGGAAGAGAAGGAGGAGGAGGAGAGAAACGAAGAGAGAGAAGAAGAGGAAGAGGAGGAGGAGGAGGAGGAGGAGGAAGAAGAAGGGCUGUGUUUGAAUGUAUGUAUCUAUAGUGAGGGAGGUUGUAGUAGUAGUAGUAGUAGUAGUAGUAGUAGUAGUAGUAGUAGUAGUAGUAGUAGUAGUAAUAGUAGUAGUAGUAGUAGUAGUAGUAGUAGUAAUAGUAGUAGUAGUAGUAGUAGUAGUAGUUUUGUAAGUGUUAGAAAGGCCAUAUAC